CUACUACUUGCAGACUCUCUGACUCUUAGUCGUAUUACUCGAACUUUCGCCUCUAUCAGACGACAACGCAAUUAACAAAAUGCCUCGUCUACAAAGUGAUCCGAACUUAAGUAUCUGCCCAGACUACGCAGACGAAGCUUUCGCCGACACGAGGCUACAACUCACCAAUGAGAACAUAAACGAACAGCAAGCCAUCGCAAUUCUUAGGAACAUAUGGCAAGCCGACAACAACAUCGCUAAAGCUCAAUGGGAGAGACAAGUAGACGAAGAUAGAGAGCGAGAUGAGCACAUGGAAAGGCUCAACGACGAGGAACGUGAAAGGCGAGAACACGAUCGCAUGGAAGAAGACGAAGCCACACAGAAAGAAGAUAAGAAGAAGAACAAGUUCAAGUAUACUUCUAUCCCACAACGUGACGUACCCACAGAGCCCGUCAUCAUCCCAUCUUCUUAUGCUACCCGCAAACUCGACAAAGGCGACUAUGUCGAAUUAUGGUACUUCACCAACGCAGGUCUGGACGACGCAAAACUCAAGACCUCGGUCAAUGACGACGCCAUGAUCAUGGCAACGUUGGCAGGUGGUGAGACAGCUUGGGUAGCAGCAGCGUCAAUGCGAAACGCCAGUACUGUCGUCGACGACCAGAAUCUUCCCUUCGAGGACUUCUGCCAAGCCUGCCCCCGCAUCAUCACAGCCAUG